AUGAAACUUCAACAAGCCCUCUCGAUUUUAGCCCUCUUCCUCGCCAUGGGUACUCAAGCCCUGCCAGCUGUUCUGAAAGACAAGGCACUAGGCGUCCGCAACCCUGCAGAAAAUGCCCCGGAUACUUAUGUCGGCGGUGUUGAGAAGCGGGACGUAGCAACCCCAGACACUUACGUCGGCGGUGUCGAGAAGCGGGACGAGGCAACGCCGGAUACUUACGUCGGCGGUGUUGAGAGGCGAAGCGAGGCGACGCCAGACACUUACGUCGGCGGGGUCGAGAAACGAGACGAGGCGACCCCGGAUACCUACGUCGGCGGUGUUGAGAGGCGAGGCGAGGCGACGCCAGACACUUACGUCGGUGGGGUCGAGAAGCGAGGCGAAGCGACCCCAGAUACCUACGUUGGCGGUGUUGAGAAGCGAUACUUGGCAGCCCCUGAGGCUUGA